AACAAAAAGAUGUCACAAGUUUAUUGUCACGUACACAAAGUAAAUAAAUAUUUCACAAUAAAUGUAAUUAUUAAUUUUUCCAAAUAGUAGUAUAAUUAAUUUAAUUUAAUAACUAUAAUUUAUCACAAAGAACAAUGAGAUUUAAAAUUUCAUUACAAGAGAGAAAGAAUAGUAUAAAAUUAGUAACUUGUGUUGCAUGGAGUUCUACAGAUGAAAUAUAUUCCUGCGGUGAAGAUCAUCAAUUAAUAUGUUGGCACUUGGAGAGUGGAAUGUUAAAUUCCUCUGUUGUUGCGGAAUUCCCUUCAGACUUUUAUCCAACGGAUAUGCAAUAUUAUCCUCGACCAUCUCAAACGACAAUUUCUUCAUCAAAGAAACAAUCGUUGGAUGUUCUCUUAAUAACAACUACAGACGGGAAAUUUUAUUUGAUAAGCAAAAGUGGCCGAAUUGAAAAAAGUGUAUCUGCUCAUGUAGGCGCAACUCUUGUUGGAAGAUGGAGUUACGAUGGUUCUGCAUUUUUCACUGCUGGAGAAGAUGGACUCAUUAAAAUAUGGUCACGUAGUGGAAUGUUACGAUCGACAUUAGUUAGAGGAACGUUACCAAUUAUGACAGCAGCCUGGAGUCCCAAUUCUUCCGUGAUUCUUUAUUCUCAAGGAGCUAAUCUUAUUUUACAAUCACUUAGUUCAAAUUCAAAACCACAGAAGUGGAUGGCUCACGAUGGCCUAAUACUUUCAUUGUCAUGGAAUCAGUGUAAUGAUCUUAUUGUCACUGGUGGAGAAGAUUGUCGAUACAAAGUUUGGGACACAAUUGGAAAUCAACUUUACAGUAGUGGUGUCAAUGAACAUCCGAUAACUUCCGUCAAUUGGUGCAAUUCUGGAAAUUAUUUUUCAAUUGGUUCUUUUAAUACUGUUAAACUUUGUGACAAAACUGGAUGGUCACAUUCGUUGGAAAAAUUAAAUAUUGGCAGUGUUUUUAGUAUCGCUUGGUCUAGUGACGGUACACAAGUGGCAAUGGCAUGCGGAAGGGGAAUAGUUCUCACAGCUCAUAUAAUUGACAGGAAAUUAGAGUGGAAUAAUUUCGAAGCAACUCUUAUAAGGCGAAAAGCAAUAGAAAUAAAAGAAAUAGGCACAGAAUGUCGGGAAAUUUUAGAAAUAGCCGACAGAGUUGUUCUACUGGAAUUUGGAUUUGAUCAUUUGGUUGUCAUCACUCCCAGUCAAUGUCAUAUUUACUCGACACUAAAUUGGAAUACUCCGGCAAUAUUUGAUUUAAGAAGUGGCUCAGUGUCAACGGUUCUUCUUGCAGAAAAACAUUUUCUGUUAGUUGAAUGGAACAUAAUAACUCUUUACAAUUAUCAAGGACGAUCAUUGGGUACUCCGAAAUGGAAAGGAAUGUCUCAAGAAUUGUUGCAUCCGUCAAGCAUAUCCUUGUGUUCUGAUACAUUAGUUGUCAGAGAUCAAAGUAGUGAAAAAUUACUGCACGUGUUGGACAUUUCCUAUGCGAAACCAAUAUCAGAACUUCAGUCGUAUGUUCACUUGGAGAAUGUUAAACAAUUGGCUUUAAAUCACGUUGGUGGGAUAAAUAAUCGUCAGUUGGCAGUUAUCGACAUUAACAGGGAUUUAUUUCUAGUCUCCAUCAGAUCUACUGGAUUUGGUCGAGUUUGCAAAAUUGCUGUCAUGGCUCAGAGCAUUGUUUGGGCAUGUGAUGCUGACGUUCUAGUCGCAAUGUUGGACGCAACACUGUCGGUUUGGCUUUGUCCAAAUUGCGUUCAUUAUAGUGAUCGAAAGGCAAUUAAAAAAACGAGAAUCGAUAAAGAAAAUAGCGAAUAUGGAAAGCAACCGAGUAUUGUGAGGGUUCAAAAUGGAAUGGUCACUGUUAGACGAGGUGAUGGAGCUUUAGUCGUUUCUUCUUUUUAUACAUUCUUUACUAAUUUACAUAGACAUAUUUUACAGAACCGUUGGUCAGAAGCACUUUCACUUUGUCGAAUUGCACAGAAUGAAAUUCUAUGGACUUGCAUGGCAGUCAUGGCAAUAGACAGCAAAGAAUUGACAGUUGCUGAAGAAGCUUGUGCAGCAAUUGGCAGAUUUGACAAAGUUGAAUUCAUUCAGUACAUUAAGGGCUUGUCGAAGAAAUCCGAACUAUUGGCAGAAACGGCUUUACUCGCGGGAGAUUUAUUGGCAGCGGAAGGUAUAUUACUUCAGAAUGGUUUAGUGAAUGAAGCGAUUCGAAUUAAUAUUCAAAUUUACAAUUGGAACAGGGCUCUUGAACUUGCGCUAAAACAUAAAAAGCAACUGACGGAAAUUCUUAGUGCGAGGCAAAAUUAUCUUCAAUUAUUGGAUAAGCAAGAAACAAAUCAAAGUUUCCUUGCUCUACUGUCAAAUAUUUCAAAAACAAAUACAAAGGAAAAUUUCAGCAGAUUGAGAGACUUGGAUGAAAUUGAAAAAAGUCAAAAUAGUGAAUCAAAUGAUAGAUUAAUUUCCUCACCUUGAAUAAUUUAUGGUGUAUGCGUGGAAUCCUGAAUUAUUUUUUGCACCUGGCACUUGAAGAAAUUUCCACACUGCACUUUAUAGAAUAGAUUGUAAUGGAGAUAAUAUAUUCGAAUGGAAGUAAUAUAUUAAAAUGCAUUUAAUAUAUUGAAA